AUGGAGGUGUACGGGAUUUUACCUGUGGAGAAAGGGAAUCUUUGGCAAAACCAUGAAAUAGUUGCAGAAGCUGAUGUGAGGCAGGCAGAAAUUUUUCAGGAAUUUUCUGUUCAGGAGGAAUCAGUGACAUUCCGGAUCAAUUUGGCUGUUCUUCUGGACUGCUUGACUAUUUUUGGUGCCAGUUCUACUCCAGGAACACCAACAGCUCUCAAGAUGUGUUAUCGUGGCUAUGGCUAUCCCUUGAUGCUGUUCUUAGAAGAAGGAGGAGUAGUGACAGUGUGCAGAAUUAACACUCAAGAACCUGAGGACUUGUUAGACUUUGAUUUCUGCAGUACCAAUGUUGUCAAUAAAAUUAUCCUGCAGUCAGAGGGACUACGAGAAGCGUUUGCUGAACUAGAUAUGACAAGCGAAGUUCUGCAGAUCACCAUGUCUCCAGAUAAACCAUAUUUCAGGUUAUCCACUUUUGGAAAUGCAGGAAGUGCACAUCUGGACUAUCCCAAGGACUCUGAUUUGGUGGAAGCAUUCCACUGCAACCAAACCCAGACAAACAGGUACAAGAUUUCUUUGAUUAAACCAUCUACAAAGGCACUGGCUUUAUCUUGUAAAGUCUCCAUUCGAACAGAUAAUCGAGGAUUUCUUUCACUGCAGUAUAUGAUUAGGAAUGAAGAUGGACAGAUCUGUUUUGUGGAAUACUACUGUUGCCCUGAUGAAGAUAUUGCUGAAGCAGAGCCGUAG